GUUUGUUUUCAAUCAUGACGUGUGAAGGAAAACCAUGGAAACGGGGAUUUGUUAAUUUGACACCAUAUAUCUAUAUAAAUUUUCGAAAGUGCAUAAUGGUCAUUAAACAUUUGAUUCGUAUACAUAAACAUUUAACUCUGAGGAUGCAAGGAACAGACAAUAUUGCUUUGCUGCACCCCAACACUACCAGCAUCUUUGCUAACGCAAUUCGUCCAUACGCAAUACAAAAUGCAACAUCUGAUGGAGGUCCAUUCGGAAUGUUUCCAGAAAUUACAAUAGAAUUCCAUACAAACUCUAUGGCUCUAGCUGCCAUCUGUAGUUGCACGUCCAUCGUUAUUGUCUGCAUAUUUCUGUACUGCUGCUGUCGAGCCAGUCGUAGGGACGGGAACUACGAAUGUUCAUGUGCAUAUGAAAGACCUACCUCGCAUUCAACAUCUAGUAAAAGGUCUUCGGCUCUUAUAUCUGGUUCAAUAUCUAUCAGGAUUCCUACCUCUGAAAGCAGAUAUCAACCUUACAAACCAACAACCGAUACAAUAUUUGAACAGUCCGAAAGUGAAGAUAGUUCUGCAGUUAAUAUGACUCAGAAGAAAACCACAUCGCUUGACGUUUGAAUCCAUUUGACUACAAGGUGUUAAAAACAGACUAACAAAAUGUUAUCCGACCCUGUAGACCUCUGACAAAAAAUGUGAAAACCAAUAAAUGCAUUUUUGUCAAAAUAAUAGCAUUGCGUUAUAUGGCUAUUACGCUUAAAUAUGACCAGCAACUUAACAACAUAAAGUUUCAUCCACAUCAACCAGGUAUCUAGAGAGAAUUUCAUUUGCAUGUCUUAUGCUCCAUAUUGGAGAAUAUACUUUGCAUCAGUGUUUCUUUCCAAAUUAUUGACUACGCAAGGCAACUGAAAAUGCGACACAGCGUUAUAGUAUGUCAUGAAGGUUUAUGAUUUUUUCACCAUCUGUAUUUUACAUGCUCUAUGUAUUUAUAUUUUUAUA